GCCAAGCAAUAUGGCGUUGUCCCCGCGUCUGGUCACACUGCUGGCAUAGUUUUUUUCGCACAACUCAUUAUUGUCGAGAAAAUCCACGUUUUGGGCCAAAAUGACCACAAUCGCGGACUUAUUCACUAAGUAUAAUUGCACAAAUUGCCAGGACGAUAUUCAGGGCAUUCGGGUGCACUGUGCGGAGUGCGAAAACUUCGAUUUGUGUCUGCAAUGCUUUGCUGCUGGAGCAGAGAUCGGCGCCCAUCAAAACAGCCAUGCAUACCAGUUCAUGGACACGGGCACCUCCAUAUUGAGUGUGUUCCGUGGCAAAGGAGCAUGGACGGCCCGUGAGGAGAUUCGCCUGCUUGACGCCAUCGAGCAGUACGGCUUCGGAAACUGGGAGGACAUCAGCAAGCACAUCGAGACCAAGUCGGCGGAGGACGCCAAGGAGGAGUAUGUGAAUAAAUUUGUGAACGGCACGAUUGGAAGGGCCACCUGGACGCCGGCGCAAAGUCAAAGACCCCGCCUUAUCGAUCACACGGGAGACGACGAUGCCGGUCCCCUGGGCUCCACUGCCCUGUCCACGUUGCCUCCGUUGGACAUCAACUCCGACGAGGCCAUGCAGCUGGGCUACAUGCCCAACAGGGACAGCUUCGAGCGGGAAUACGACCCCACGGCCGAGCAACUGAUCUCCAACAUCUCGCUGAGCUCCGAGGACACGGAGGUGGACGUGAUGCUCAAGCUGGCCCACGUUGACAUAUACACCCGCCGACUUAGAGAGCGAGCUCGCAGGAAACGGAUGGUCAGGGACUACCAGUUGGUCUCGAACUUCUUCCGCAACCGGAACUACGCUCUGCACCAAGGACUCACCAAAGAGCAACGCGAAUUCCGCGACAGAUUCCGGGUCUACGCCCAGUUCUACACCUGCAACGAGUACGAGCGGCUAAUGGGGUCACUGGAGCGCGAGAAGGAGCUGCGCAUCCGGCAGGCGGAGCUGUAUCGUUAUCGCUACAACGGCCUGACCAAGAUCGCGGACUGCGCCCACUUUGAGCAGCAUGCGGCAAGUGCGACCCACCGCUCCUCAGGACCGUAUGGCCACGGCAAGACCGACCACACGCAACCCUCCAAUGGAAGUCAUCGGGCGCCAAGCUCUUCCUUGCACUCCCCACAACUGAAUCUCAGAAAGGUCGAAAUGUCAAGCGGCGUCGAGGCAAAUUCAAGUUCAAUCGCACCAAGAAACACGCUCCACAUCGCCGACCCGACCUGCUCCGGCGCAUUAUUGCCCAGCAGAAACUACUUGGAUAGCUGUCGGGGAUCGUCGGCAGCUACGAUGCUGCAGACGACGGGGAUGGGAAUGGGGAUAACAGUGGACUCGGGAGCGACGACGGGAGCGAUUUCCACGGCUACGACGAUGGCGAAUCUGCCCACGAACUCGGCGAAGGGAAACCAACAACAUCUGCAGCCGCUGCAGCAGCAUCCUCAGCUCCUGCAAGGCGGCCACCACAAAAUGCAAAGCGAGGCCGCCGGCGGAGGCAGUGAGCAGAAGCCCAGCAUGAGCCUUAAGUUGCGGACCCAGCUGGAGGAGCUGAAGCACUUGCCCCAACCGCUGGGCAGCGACCUCCUCAGCCACAACGAGCUAGAUCUAUGUAAGAAGCACAACAUCACGCCAACCACAUACCUCUCAGUGAAGACUGUCUGCCUGAGCGGAGCACCAUCGCUGGGCAGUCCCAUGGAGACUUCGCUACGCAAGUUCUUCAUCAAGUGCGGCUGGCUGAGCCACUGAUGGAAGCACUUCAACUUUCCCGCGCCCCUUCGAUUAAGAGCUACAUGCAUUUCUCGAUCUAAGGACUUCACUUUAUUUUAUUAUCGUUAGCAUAAGUUAAAGACAUUUUUAUACUGUUCAACUUUCGUUGCCAUUUUCUUCGGGGUAAAAACUACAGAAAACAGAAAAUCAAUUUACUUGUAUCAAGUCAAGCUCAAUUAGAUAAAGUUUUGUUCCUUUGUGUGAGAUGUUAGGCUUCAGAUAUUCUGUAUUAACUAAACUUAAGUAGGUGACCCAACCAAUUGAAAUUGUAUGAUAUGAAGUGUAAAUGAAGUAAUAAAUGUAAUAGCGAAUGUGCAACAAGGACGCCGACUUGUGUCUCGGAACUCACAGCUGCCAAGGAAACCGCUCGGGACUAAACCCCACUAGGAUACACUUGUGAGAUGUACAAUUUAAUGCAAAUAAAGAUAAUUAGUAACCCUCUAAAA